GCGCUGACGUUUGCGUUACGUUUCCGGAAAUAAAAGUAAACAACGGUUUCCAGAAGGAAAAUGAUAUUUACUCGUCCACGUUCGUGCCGUCUCUUUGAUUUUUCAUCCUCCUUAUUCAUUAUUUAUGAAGGUAUUACAUUUCGAGAAGACAGGCCUAGUUAAAUACAAACUGAAAUCUGGCGAAACUUCCGCAGAGCUCAGAGAAAGCGGAUGCGGCAGCCGCUAAGGAGAGCUAGCUCGACAUGGCAUUUUUCUGUUUGAGUUUGUUUACAGCAUGGGAUACUCUCACGACAGUGACUUAAACACAGCCCGUCGACAUUAGAUUUAGCAAUGUUAGCCAUCAGAUCUUCAGACGAGGAGUCCACUGAGAUUGAGGAGAUGGACACCUCAGAGCCAAACUGGUGCUGGUUCUACUUGGCCGAAUGCGGAGUCUGGCACAUGUUUGAGAUUGAUCCCAGUGCAGCCUGCUCAGUGACCAGCGCUCAGAUUGAGCAGUGCUAUAACAGGAACCAGCGAGGGGUCAUGGAGUUCUACACAGCCAAAUACACCUAUAGACUGGACUUCUCGGUUAUGCGACAAAUUAACGUGACAACAGGAAAACAGAGGCCAAUUAAACGCUCCCUACACUCUACCACUGGCUUUCGGUUUAUUUGUGAUAAUCUGGCCUUGCCUGUGCCAUGUCAUUGGGAGCGAAUCAAUACAGACGAGUCCUAUCAGCUUAUCCAACUUGGUAGAGACACAUAUGAGUUUAAGGAAGUAGCCAGGCUGUACGAUAGGACGAUGGAUCAUCCAAUAAAAUCCAUCCAGAGGAUCCAGAACUUGGACUUGUGGGAGUUCUUCUGCAGGAAGAAAACACAAUUGCGAAAAGUCAAGCGAACUCUGGAUAUUGAAGAGCGAAUGCUGUUUCAUGGAACAGGACACAGCAACAUACAAGCUAUUUGUACGUUUAACUUUGACUGGCGUCUGACAGGGAGUCAUGGUGAUGUUUAUGGCAAAGGGAGCUACUUCGCCCGAGACGCCAAAUAUUCCAGUAAAUUCUGCCACACAACCGGGAAACACAACACCACCUUGCAGAGGCACGGACUCGCUCCGCCUAUAUUUGCCAACGAGCCGCCCUAUAAAACCAUGUUCCUCGCCAGAGUGCUUGUUGGCGAAUACACGGUCGGUCAUCCCAUGUACUGCAGGCCGCCCUCCAAGGAUGCUAGCUUCACCAACUUCUACGACAGCUGCGUGGACGAUAUGGCCAACCCAAAGAUAUACGUUAUAUUUGACAGCAAUCAGAUCUACCCAGAGUAUCUGAUCGAGUUCUAUUGAUGAGGAAAGAGUUAAUGAACAGAUUUGAUUUGUGGAAAUGGGAGAAGAAAAAAACCCCGUCACUUCCAGUGAGUAACUGGAGCAUUGGAUUUUUUAUUUUUUUUUUAAGUGCCUUUGGAAAUGUUUAAAAGGUGGGAAAACAAUGGCGGCAUUCUGCACACUUUGUUAAAAAGUUAAAAAUUCUUACGUGUGCUGUGUUUUGUACUAUGUGUCAUUUCGCUUGUUACACAGUGGCUUCAGUUUGGAGAUUUAAGGCAAUGUUCCAACUCUGACCCCUCGUCUUAUUUUUAAUCCACAGUGCCAUACAUAUGCCAAUUUAUUAUACCAAAAAUAUGUUGUGGCCUCAUGUGGUGUUAGUUUGUUACAACGAAGGACUGUGAGUGCCUGCAUUUGUUAGCAGUAGUUUAUAUACAGUCCUAUUGGCAUUAAUGUCAUGACAAUGUGUGGCUUUUAUGGUGAUUUAUGAUUGUUCUUUUUCCAGGGAAGGAGUGAUUUUACAACAUAUCCUUACAAAGAAUUUAAUUAAUUAAAUUAAAAAUGCAAAAAAAUGAGCAUUUUUCCUAAUUUGCAGCUCAAAAUUAUAAACAUAGACUUUGGAUUACUACCACUAUUAAGUUCUAGUUUGAUGUGAGUUUGGCUCAUCGCCAGGCUGUAUCCAAAUUUCAAGCAUUUGGCCCAAACCUCCAUUAAAAGAGCAUGGGUUAGGAUGUUAGGCUAGGAAAUCCACUUGAAGUGUCUGAGGAAAUUCUUUGUAACACUUCACCUAAAACCUUUAGCUCACCAUGAGUCAUGUUGGCAUAACAUCCAAAGCACCUUUCUUACUGUCACUGUUAUUAUUUAAGCGUGACCUUUUGACGAAUUCUUCUCAUAAUAAGCUUCUACCUCUGUUAUUUAAACCAUGCAUCAGUGCACUUUUUACCCUUUCUGUGAAAGGUUUUACUCCUAACUGUGUCACUGCGACACAAACUUGUGAUGAUAUGUUCGUCUGUAGCUCCCAAGUGUAUCUUUAGAAGUUUUGGCGACUGAACUUACAUUUUUAUUUUGUUACUAAGAGUUGUUGCGGCCUAGUUCAUGUCUGUUGGAAACCAGAUGAGCGUCACAUUAGAAAUGCAGUCCUAUAAGUGUGUGAUCAUCAACAGCUGUACCUGAGGAAAACAAGUCACCUUUGCACCUGGAGUACAUUUAUCCCGUUAAAAAUGUCGCCGGAACAUAACGUGCCUUGUGAAAGUAUCUGUACGCCUUAAACUUUUCCCCAUUGUAAUGUGUUUUAUUGGGAUUUUAUGUGAUAGAGUGUCAAAAUUUAA